UGCACGUACCGAUUAUACCCCAAUAGCCUCUUCUUACCGCUUGUUAGUACUUCUUAUCCCCUCCCUCACUCCGAGCUCCCUCGACGAUGGCUGUCGCCACCGCCACCGCCACCGCCACUGCCAGCGUCCGCUCCGCUCCCGCCACGCCUUUCGCCGCCCCCACCAAACCCGCCUCCUACCAUCCCCUCUCCCUCCGCUUCUCCUCCUCCUCCUCCUCGUCCUGCUGCUGCUACCAUUCGUCGCCUCUGCGCACCCUCCGCCGCCCCAACUUCUGCCUCCCCAUCGCCGCUAGGAGGCCCGCCUACCCCUUUCCCGCUCGGGCUGCGGCCGCUGCCGCCGUCGCCGACGCUGCCGCCGAGACCGACCUCGCGGAGGACGACGACGACGCCGCCGCCGCCUCUGACAUCGCCACCGCUGCAGCCCCUCCGAAACCCAAGACGGGAAAGGCCGCCUUGCCUCUCAAGAGAGACAGAACGCGAUCGAAGAGGUUCUUGGAGAUACAGAAGCUGAGGGAGAACAAGAAGGAGUACGACGUGCCCACGGCCGUCGGACUGCUGAAGCAGACAGCCAGCACCAAGUUUGUGGAGUCCGCAGAGGCCCAUUUCCGGCUCAACAUCGAUCCCAAGUACAAUGACCAGCAGUUGAGGGCCACGGUGAAUUUGCCAAAAGGAACAGGGCAGACUGUUAAAGUGGCCGUUCUUACUCAAGGUGAAAAGAUUGAUGAAGCAAAAAAUGCAGGAGCUGAUAUUGUUGGUGGAGAAGACCUGAUAGAACAACUGAAGGGUGGAUUUAUGGAAUUUGACAAAUUAAUUGCUUCUCCAGAUAUGAUGCCCAAGGUUGCAAGUUUGGGGAAGCUUCUAGGGCCACGUGGACUCAUGCCAAACCCUAAAGCCGGUACUGUUACCACAGAUCUAUCUCAGGCUAUCCAAGAUUUUAAGAAAGGCAAAGUUGAAUACCGAGUCGAUAAGACUGGGAUUGUUCACCUACCUUUCGGGAAGGUCAACUUCUCUGAGGAGGAUCUUAUCAUAAACUUGAUGGCCGCAGUUCGAUCAGUAGAAACAAAUAAACCAUCCGGUGCUAAGGGAGUGUACUGGAAAAGCGCGCACAUAUGCUCGUCAAUGGGGCCUUCUGUUCGAUUGAAUAUAAGAGAAAUGCUCGACUACAAGCCCCCAGUCACAGUCUAGCGAACUAGCAAGCGCUUGACCAGAAAGCACUUUUUUCUUCGACUACUUGGGCUUCGACCGCUAGUCCUUACAUUAUGAUCGGUGAAAAUGGGUGGGAAAACAAGAAAAGGAGCUGUAAUUAGGUCGAACUUUCGGUGCUACGGACCAGCACCGAAAUCUCGUCAGCUCACAUUGUUUACGAUUGCUUCUACCUAGAGUUGAAGUCUGUGUUGAUGAUUAUGUGUAUUUGUUUUUAUAUUUUGAUCACUGUGAGUAUCUGUUCACCUUAAAUUAAUAAUAGCCUUCUUAGAGGGUCUUGAAUCUUGUUUUGAGGUGAUUGUGCCUGCUUGCCAAUAUUACAAUUUCUUUUUCUUUUUC